UGCUCUAUUUUUUGUAUAUCUGUUGUAUAUGUAGUGUGUCAUAGAUAAGUCAAUAACUGUCCUAUUUACCAUUUAUCAAAAUCGGUCAAAAUGUGGAAAACUUGUUUAUUAGAGUUGCUGGUGCUCGGGGUUUGUAGUGCAGUGUGCCCUAUGGGCUUCGUUCAGCACGGGACUUCGUGUUAUAUGCCAUUUCACAUUAAGGCGUCGUGGUCAGAGGCUAAUUACUACUGUAAGAUGAUUCAGUCUUCUCUGCUGUCCAUUGACGACGCAAGCGAAGAACAAUUCAUCACAGGAUACAUAGGAAGACUCGGACCAGCUGCGUUUUCGAGCGAUUCUCUGUGGCUUGGAGGUACCAGCUUAUUUUCUGGGAGCUGGAUUUGGACCCGGACCCAGACCAGUCCUGUCUACACGGCCUGGGCCCCCAAUGAACCUUCUACUCACCCUCUAAACAAAUGCAUGGCCAUAGGGUUCAAGUCUCAGUUCAAGUGGACAGCUAAUGUCUGUGAGCAGUUAAACAACUUUAUUUGCGAGUCCCCAUCAUAAACCAAGACAUAAUGAUGUGAUGUAAAUGUUUUUGUUAGAAACAGAAUUAUUAAAAUAACAAA